UCUGACUUUUGAGAUGGAAGGAGCUCGCAAAUUCGUAUCUGAAGAGUUUCUCAGUUCUCUCUAAGACAUUGAUAAACCAUCCAACAUUGGCCACGUGAUUGUCUUCUGUUCGUGGGAUUGAAGUACAAUUAAGAGGUAAAGGAUGGCAUGUAAGGGCUUCUGGGAGUGCCUUUUGAGACUUCUGAACUUCUUGAUGACUCUUGUUGGUCUGGCAAUGGUGGGCUAUGGGAUCUAUCUGUUAGUUGAAUAUCAAAGAGCUAAGGGCAACAUGCCGACUUUUGCUCCUAUCAGUGAUGAUCAUGCUCUGAUUCAACUUGGUCGUCCCUUGCUAAUGUCUGUGUCUUUAUCAAACAGUGUAUUUGAUAACUUGCCCAAGGCUUGGUUUAUUUACUUCUUCAUUGGUAUUGGAGUAAUUCUCUUUGUCAUUUCUUGUUUUGGUUGUAUUGGAGCUGUGACAAGGAAUGGCUGCUGCCUGAGCUGUUAUUCAGUUUUGGUAGCACUGUUGAUUUUGGCUGAGCUGGGGUGUGCUGCCUUUAUAUUCUUUGACAAAAGCUGGAAAGAAGAAAUUCCUGCAGAUGUAACUGGAGAUUUUGAUAUGAUAUAUAAAUUUCUGAAAGAAAACUGGAAUGUCGCAAAAUGGGUUGCACUGGGAAUUGUAAUCUUUGAGGCCCUUCUUUUCUUGUUAGCUAUUAUUGUUAGGGCUGUAAAUAGGCCGGCCGAAUAUGACAGUGAUGAUGAGUUCAUUGCUCCUAGGCCUCAGAUUCGGCAGCCAUUGCUCAACAACAGGCCUACAGGUCCAGUAACAGGUGUACCAGUUGCAGGGACACUUGACCAACGUUCAAGCAGAAAUGAUGCUUGGAGCGCACGGAUGAGGGAGAAGUAUGGACUUGAUACUUCGGAAUUUACAUAUAACCCAUCGGAGCCACAGAGAUCGCAGCAAGCGAACUCGCAGCCAACUGAAGAAGGGAGCGGCUGUACUAUCAUGUGAUCACACUUUUGUGCAUUGCCGAUCAAAGCAAAGAGGAUUUGACUUUGAAGGAUUGUUUUUUUGUGGACCGAUGGGGGUUGAAGACAAGAAUUUCAUCAGAGAAGCCCUUUUCUUUUGUUGAGUUUGUGCACAACUAACAUUUUUGUGUACCCAACCAACUUUUUCUUUCCAAAUUGGUGUGUAAUGUUGUGCUAAUAUCAAAAUUGUUUGUUGUGUUGCUUUUGUUCAUAGAUCGGAAGAAUAAUGAAGUCGUUGUCAUGAUGAUUAUUGUAUCAUUCUGCUGGGAACCAAUGCUUUAUAUUUCUCCUCCCUCCAAUGCGUCUUACUAAACUAUUGAUGGGAUAAAGAUCAUCUGGCAAUUCAUUACUAAUGUCUCUGCCAUUUAUGUUUUGUUUUCACUGAGAUAAAAA